AUGGGCUCCAGCAACAAGAAAAAGCGUGAGAAGCAGAAGGACUUCCAAAAACCGAAGUUCAAGGUUGGAAAGGACAAGGCAAAAGCCUCCAACUUCACAGACACGAGUUUCAAGUCCAGAGCGAUUGUAAUGGGACAUCAAUCAUUAUCAGCAGUCGCACCUGAUGUCGUUCAACAAUUCAAGCACAAUCUAUCACUAGCAUCUUCUUCAAAAUCUGACAAGCAAAGGAGGGAAGCAUUGGCCUAUCUUACGUCGCAGCUUUCUUCAGAGCCUCCAGUCAAUCCUGUAGGGACACAUGCGGUGCUUGUCAAAUUGCUCCCUUUGAUUUCAGAUAGCUCGACACCAGUCCGAAGUCAACUUCUCAAACUUUUCAGAGAGCUCCCAUCUGACGAGGUCAGACACAGUGUAGAGCAAGCCAUUAUGUUCGUCCGGGCAGGCAUGACGCAUUUAUCAGCAGAUAUCAGCAACGACUCACUAGGCGUAAUGGAAUGGCUUCUGGAUGUGGCAGAGAACGACUUGGUAGUGUGCCCUGGCGGUUGGGUCAAGACCUUGAGCAGUUUUUGUGCCAUGAUGGGAUGGGCACUGAAAAUCCCAAAAGCCGGAUGGUCCUCUGGUACAAAAUCUGGACUUAGCGCCAAGGGCGCUGCAACAUAUGCCCGCCAGAUCGCCACUCUAUCACGGUUUCUAGAAGCCGGUCUUCGACCCGAAGCUGAGAUUCCCGAAGAUGAAUCAGAGAUAUGGGACAACUUGUACCGGAUACCCCAGGAUUCGAAUGCUUUUGAAUAUCUCAACCUAUACGGCACUAGACGAGACGAAGAAGGAGAAAUGUAUCCCAGCCGAGACGCGAGACAACGCGUUUUUGAGCGAAGGUUCUUGGAGGCAGUAUUGAAGGGCGCGGACCAAGCUAAGAAAGAAGGCGGUGCUACAGGCCGAGCGGCAGCUGGCCUGGACCAAGUGCUUCAAAAUGGGAUGGGCGAAUAUGAGAGUUCAACAGCAAUGGAUACCCAGGAUCUCCUGAGCCUUUGGUGA